AUGGCCUACGUCUCGGUCAUGGAUCGGCCUGUUCAAGUGAGACAUGACUACGACGAAGAUGUCGAGCUGGCGUCUUCGGACCAGGAAGUGAGCGACGACGAUCACUCAGACAACAGCGAGUCUGCUCAGACUGAGAGCGACUCGCAGACUGGGAAAGAGGAUGCCGACGAGCUCAGCCUCAGCGGAUCAGAGGAAGACGUGCCCUUGAAUGAAAUCAGCUUUGGAGCGCUGGCAAAGGCCCAAGAGAAGUUCCAGCCUAAAUCUAGGAAGCGGAAGCUGGCAGAAACGCUGGGAGAUCCGGUGCCUGGCAACGGGGGGAACAACGAAGAAGAGACAUUCAAUACUCGUCAAAGAGCCAAAGAGCCUCGUGUCGAUGCACCGAAACGAAGCUCGAAACAUGCGCCGGCUAUUGAGUCGGCUCGAAAACCUGUGUCACGAAAGAGGACCAUCUUCGAACCGCCGCCUACGUUGAAAUUCCGAGAUCCACGCUUCGAUCCAACUGUCAUGUCCUCCAAUCGCGACCCCAAUACCUUGGAAAAGGCCAACAAGAACUAUUCCUUCCUCACUACAUACCAAGCCGCCGAGAUUCUCGAACUGAAAGCCCAGAUCAAGAAAACCAAGGACCCUGAAGUGAUCGCUAAUCUGAAGCGGCAAGUAAUGUCGAUCGAGUCAAAGAUCCGCAAUUCAGAAGCGCGACAGCGCGAGAACGAGAUACGCAAGAAGCACAAGCAGCAACAGAAGGCAGCUCUGCGCACAGGAGAGAAAUCGAAGCCUUAUUACUUGAAAGAGGCCGAAGUAAAGAAACUGGCCAAGGAGGAGAAAUUGCAAAGCAUGGGCAAGCGGGCGCGUGAUAAGGCAGAGAAGAGACGACAGAAGAGAGAAAAGGGCAAAGACGCCAAAGACAUGCCUCGGGCGAGACGCGAGGGAUGA